AUGAAGAUCCUUUACCUGCUCUUUUCUCUCCUCUUCUUGGCACUCCAGGUUUCUCCAGGUUUGUCUUCACCCCAGAGGGACAUGUUUUUCUGUAGAAAAGGGACCUGUCACUUUGGAAGAUGUCCCACCCAUCUGGUUAAAGUUGGAAGUUGCUUUGGGUUCCGUUCGUGCUGCAAAUGGUGAGCCGUGGGAUGUAUAAAAACUUCAUGGACUGUCCAUUCAAGAGCAAUGAAAUCUUCUUCUAAACCUGGGAAUUUGCUUUGAAUCCCCUUGUUGCUCAAACCAGCGUGUCCUGUUUCAAAGCCUCACUCACCUUUCACUUUUAAUGCCAAAAGCUUUAUGAUAUAA